UGACGUCAAGCCGGAACGACGCUUCACUGUUAGGGUUUAGUUCAGAAUUGGUCUGAACAUGGUGAAGAGACUCGACUGCUCUAUAAGCUAAUUUUCUAGGAAAAGACCUAACUUUUCCCUUCUGUUAAAACAAACACCAGUCUGCGAUGGAGCGACGCACAAUGCGCAGAUGAUGUGCGGAAGGACAGACAUUCGGACAGCUCGAAUUAGGUUACCUGCCGCCUAGCCGAGGUGGCGAAACGGACUAAACUCCAAAACAAGAAUUUCUGAGAUGGCAAGUGACGACCGAGUGGCCAUCCUGACAGAUGACGAGGAGGACCUGAAGAGGAAGUAUGUCUUGGCCGAGCCAUUCAGGACCCUCUCCUUGGAGGGAGUGGGAGACCCUCCCUCUUCGUCGGCCACGCCAGAAGAACCCCCCGCCGAGCUGCCCAUCUCUCCCUCGCUGCAGGAUAUGGGCUGCCUGGAGAGGUGCUGCAUACGGAUCGACAACCACCUCCUCAUCUCCAAGGUCUUCUACUUCUUCUUCUACGCAGCCUACGGCUCCCUGCACCCCCUGCUGGCCGUCUACUAUAAGCAGCUGGGGAUGACGCCCAGCCAGGGCGGGCUGCUGGUGGGGAUCCGCUUCUUCAUCGAGUUCUGCAGCGCCCCCUUCUGGGGAGUGGUGGCCGACCGUUUCAAGAAGGGCAAGGCCGUCCUGCUGUUCUCCGUGCUGUGCUGGAUUGUGUUUAACUGCGGCAUCGGCUUCGUCAAGCCAGCCGCCAUGAGCUGCGUAGAGAAGAAUCCCACGGUGCCUCCCCCGAACGCCUCCGUCACCUUCCCGACAGCCAAUCGCAGCAGGACUGUCCCCCCCACCCCUGCCAACCAUUCCAGGAGUCGCCGAGACGCAGUGGGAGAUUUCUUCACCCUCCCCCAUCUUUUUCACAAUUUCGUGUCUGUCCAUGGUUCCCGACGGAGGUAUGUCAGAAACGUUGAUGCCAAUGCCACAGUAACUACCAUUGGGCCAAUUGUGACAGAGCGUGCAUCCGCCGCCAAUAACACAGUGGAUAACCCAAUGACUUCAACCCCCACCGCCCGGACCAUCACCCCCAGAGCCACCCCAACCUCCAGCCCCUUAACUACCUUGACCCCCACCACUCCCACAACCACCCCAACAACCACCCCGCCAACCACCACAACCACUACUCCCACAACUACCACUGCCAAGCCCAAAGAGUACAUCAUCACUUACAACGAAGACCAGGUGGAGACCAUCUUCCUCCUCAUCCUGCUGGUCAUCAUCAUCGGCGAGUUCUUCAGCGCCCCUGCGGUCACCAUCGUGGACACGGUCACGCUGCAGUACCUCGGCCGGCACCGCGACCGCUACGGGCUGCAGAGGAUGUGGGGCUCUCUGGGCUGGGGCCUGGCCAUGCUCUCCGUGGGCAUCUGGAUCGACCACACGCACAUCACCUUCCUCAUCGAGGGCACCGGCUGCAUCUUGCCCGACUACAAGAAUUACCAGAUCGCUUUCAUCGUGUUCGGUGUCCUGAUGAGCGCCUCCCUGCUGGUGGCGACGCGGUUCCAGUUCGACCGGGGCGACCACGUGCCCGUGACCGCGCAGCGGGAGGAGGCGGAGAAGAGGGAUUCGGCAGAGGGCCCGCAGAUGGCCCGGACUCCCUCCUCUCCUGAAGGGGGGUUGCAAGAAUCGGCGGUGUCCGCUGGCUCUGCCCAGCAACCGUUUCACUACCGGGACCUGAUUCGCCUGCUGUGCGGCGUGCGCUACGGCACCGUGCUCUUCGUGGCCUGGUUCAUGGGCUUCGGGUACGGCUUCGUCUUCACCUUCCUCUACUGGCACCUGGAGGACCUGAAGGGCACCACCACACUGUUCGGCAUCUGCUCUGUCCUGAGCCACGUCUCCGAGCUGGCGGCCUACUUCACCAGCCACAAGCUCAUCGAGCUGGUGGGCCACAUCCGGGUGCUGUACAUCGGUCUGGCGUGCAACACGGCGCGCUACCUCUACAUCUCUUACCUGGAGAACGCCUGGAUCGUUCUGCCCAUGGAGGUGCUUCAAGGGAUGACACACGCCUCGGUUUGGGCAGCCUGCAUCUCAUACCUGAGCGCAGCCGUGCCCCCUGACCUCCGCACGUCCGCCCAAGGCAUCCUGCAGGGCCUCCACCUGGGCCUGGGGAGGGGCUGCGGGGCCAUGGUGGGCGGAGUCUUCGUCAACUUCUUUGGAUUGGCAUCGACCUUCAGAGGAAUUGGAAUGGCCUCCCUAGUCAUUCUGCUCAUCUUCUCCCUCAUCCAAUAUCUCACAGGACGGAAUGAGGACAAAGAGGAUAAGAUGCUGGCUGAGAAUAUUCCGGUUCCAUCCAGCCCAGUUCCCAUAGCAACCAUCGACCUGGUUCAGAGCCACUCAGAGCUGGCGGCACCCCGGGUGGAGCCCAAGAUUCCACCCAAAAAGACCAAGCACCAAGAGGAGCAGGAAGACGUCACCAAGCCUGCCUGGGUGAUCUCCGCCUCCCCCUGGGUCACCAUCGCCUUUGCCAUCUACCAGAUCCGGGAGAUGGUUGUCAUGGCAAAGAACAACCCCUCCACGGAGAUCCAGCCCUUGCAGGAGACAAAUGAUACUUCCACAACUCCUCCAGAAGGGGAGACUUCAGGCACAACGCACCCCACGGACCCACCCGGCACGUCCGAGCAGCCCAUGCCCCACGAGGGGCUUUUCAGUGCGUCCAGCAAGGGCCCCCCAGAACUCGCGGAGCCCGCUGGGACACCCAGCCAAGCCCCACUCCCACCAGACCAGAGACACUCAGCUGAGAACCCCACUCCACUCCCAGGGAACUUUCAGGCCCCUCCACAGAUGUCCUCAAGUAACCCCUUUAACCCUUUCCAACAGUAAUGACGCACACAGAGGGACGGGCUAACUGGCACUGUUCACCUGUGUUAGCAUGUGUAACUGCAGUGUCAGGGGGCACACUGAGGCAUUUUAUUAGUAUUGGGCAACUGUCAAGCACAAUACCAGACCAAAAAAUGAGGGGAGGCCUAAGUGAUUUCAUGUGGACUACAGAGAAACUGCCUCUGGGACUCUGUGCCUUUAGGUUGAGGUUGACGUUAAUACCCGUUUUCCACUGUUAAUCUGGAACCAGGCUAGCAUAAGCUCAAACCAAAGCUGGCUGACCCCCAGUAUAGCAAGAUUGCAUUUCCAUUGCGUUAUAGAAAACCAGAACAUCACUUCACCCUGAAUGCUGCUGUCUGCUCAGAAUGAGACCACUUCCUGGACUUCAUCAGCAGUCCAAGGCUACAGUUCUGAAACAGAAAGCUAGACCCCAUGUUCAUCUACUGUUUUUAGCAGCAUAAUUCUAAAACUCCCGGCUUUGCCCCAGCCCACCUCUAAGUAGGCCAGAAGCAGUAACACUUACAGGCUGAGCUGAGGCAGGUCAACAGUUAUGACCAUAGAAAACCACUCCGAGCCUGAAUGAAGCUAGCCAGCCUGGUUCCAGCUCACAAGGGAAAACGCUCACUCUGCAGCUAUGAUGUUGGCCAGUCGUCGUCAGUUAACACCUUCCGUUACAGACUGUAAAUGUCUCUCCAAGUCCCUGACUCUCUGUAGUGCCGAGACUGGGUUCUUUGAAAUAGAGGGUCAGGACCCAGGUGACAUUCCCAAACUACUGAUUUAAACUGCUCAUUGUCACGUGUCUGUAUGACUGUUGUCUAAACUGCAAGAAGUGCCUGGCCCGUCAUGCAGUUGUCACCAACAAAUAGCCUUUGUUUAAGUGACACGUUUUCCUCACGUGCUUCUGAGUACAAAACUGCUGUUUAUGAAGUGUAAGGGAUUUGAGGGAUUGGAGAUAUGGGGAUUCCUCCCCACUCAAUGCCCAGAAUUUCCACUGCUGAUUUCACUGUAAAUAUGUGUAGACUACUGAUGAGGAAGUGUAGGUAUUUAAACUGCAUCUACAGGUGUCAGAGGUGAAGCUGACCCAUUGACUUCAAGUACUAAUAAUGGGACAAACUGACCUUGAUUUUAAUUGCACUUGUUUGUGUCCUUGAGGAUUUUUUUUUUUUUUUUUGCGUAUUGAAAUAUGUGUGCCUUCUGCUUCCCGUUUGCCCACAUGUGGCUCUGUGACCUUUCGGUUAUCUAGAGAAAUGCCGUUUACAUUAUGCGCCUUUCAGAAGAAUGUGCUACAAAAUACACGCCAAAACGGAAGGAAAAAUAAAAUCAAGUCCCAUUUUAUUAACUACAUUCAACAUAUUCAAAAUAUCGUUAAUGUCCA